UCACUAGCAGCUGCCAUUUUGAUUCAAUGUACUUUGGGAGCAUUAGAUGGUGUGAACUGGAUCUCCGCAAUAUAUUAUUGUGUUUAACAACAAUACUUCAAGUUAAGCUUGAAAAUGCUUUCCGCAGCCCAAUUACUCGAUGAGUUAAUGGGCCGAGAUAGAAAUUUGGCCCCGGACGAGAAACGUUCUAACGUCAAAUGGGACGACGAGAGCGUCUGUCGAUACUAUCUGUGUGGCUUCUGUCCAGCGGAGUUAUUUACAAACACACGCUCAGAUCUGGGCCCCUGUGAGAAAAUUCAUGAUGAAAAUCUUAGGAAAGUUUAUGAGAAGAGCUCACGGUUCAUGAAGGAGGGCUACGAGCGGGACUUCCUGCGCUAUCUGCAGUCACUCUUGGCUGAGGUGGAACGGCGUAUUCGCCGAGGGCACGCUCGCCUUGCUCUCUCUCAAGCUCAGCAAAAUUCCGGGCAAGCUCCUCCUCCGGCAGGAAAGAAUGAGGAGAAGGCUCAGGUUCUAACAGAGAAGAUUGAAGAUUUAGUUGUGCAGAUUGAGGAGCUGGGCUCCGAGGGCCGUGUAGAGGAGGCUCAGGGCAUGAUGAAACUGGUAGAGCAGCUGAAGGAGGAGAGGGAGCAGCUCAGCUCAAACCCUUCUACCAUUGAGAGCUUUGCGGCCCAGGAGAAACAGAUGGAGGUGUGUGAGGUGUGCGGGGCCUUCCUGAUUGUGGGUGAUGCGCAGUCUCGUGUGGAUGACCACUUGAUGGGAAAGCAGCAUAUGGGCUAUGCUAAGAUCAAAUCCACCGUGGAGGAGCUAAAGGAGAAGCUUCGACGCCGCUCAGAGGACCCCCAAGGUGAAAACCCGGUCGUUAAGAAAGACAGAGAAGAUCGCGAGCGUGAGAGGGAGGAGCGGGAGAAGAAGCGGAAAGAGGAGGAGGAAAAGGAGAAGGAGCGCGAGAAAGAGCGGGAGAAGGAGCGCGAGCGAGACAGGGAGAGAGAGCGAGACAGGGACAGGGACCGGGACCGACGGGCACGCCGAAGCAAUUCCAACAGCCGCCACUCCAGCCGAGCAUCAGACAGGAAAAGGAGUCGCUCACGUGACCGCCGAAGGUCCAGGAGCAGAGACAGGGACCGUAGACGCAGCAGGAGCCGGGAUAGAGACAGGGACAGGAGACGCAGCCGCGACCGCUCUGACCGGAAGCGCCGCUCCCGGAGCCGCGACAGGAGGAGGUCGCAUAGCUCGGAGCGCAGAGCUCACCGCCACCGCAGCCGCAGUAGGGACCGCGACAGGGACAGGGAGAGAGAUAAGGAGAGAGACAGGGAUAGAGACAGAGAUAGAGACAAAGAGCGGUCAUCCAAGGACAAAGACCGUAAGUCAUCCGAGGAGAAGAACAGCAGCUCCAAGAAAGACAAGAACUCUGAGAGCGAUGCAGAUGCUGUCAAGGCUUCAACAGAAGCGCAGCCCAUGGAGACAGAGGCUGCUGCUGCCGCGGCCUCCCCCCCUCUCCUUAACGGCCAGCAAGAGCUCCUCCAUUCUGAAGGUGACACUCAGUCCAAUUAAAACUGAUCUGAUAGGACCUCAGAUCAGACUCAGGUAAGUGCGUCCUCCUACUCACCCACCCUGACUCCCCGAUUCCCACACACUCCUCCCCCACCCCUCCCACUUUGCCCCCCUCUCCCUAUGCACCACCCCACCCCCCACCCCCACUUUUGUGCCUUUGCAUUCACUUAAUGCUGAUAAUGUUUGUCUGAUGUACCAUAUCCUGUUUUUGAAUAGUGCAUCAUAAAUAUGCACUGAAGAUGAACGACUAGGCUCGAUGAAUGAGAAGAAGGUAGAAAAAAUGCACUCAAAGCCCAGAGGGAAAGGCCAGUGUAGCCCUGAGCUAACGUGCCCAGAGGUACCCCUCGUCUUGUAUCGGUUUUGAUCCUUCAAGAUGUUUGUCUUUUUGUGGACAAAAGUAGCAGAAAAAUCUUAAUGAACGCAAGCAAUUUUCCUGCUUGCUUUUUUUUUUCUUCCAAUUGGCAGUAUUGAUUUGUUAAGCUAUAUUGAAAAUACUACUGUGUGUUUAUAUGUACCCAUAACAGGGAGUGGUUUUAUCCUCAUAUGUAAACACACAGAAAUUACUUUUGCUAUGGAAUCCCUUAUUGUGCCUGAUAAUGACAUGCAGUGUGUGUUUCUCUUGGGUGGGUGGUGGACGGGGUUGUCAUAGUAACCGGGGGGGGCUAACGUAACUUACUAACUGGAGGGGUAGGGGUUUAUCGCAUAAUUUGCAGCUGACUUCCACACCUCACACAGCCGUUGGUGUUGUGAGCGAGACCACAUGUGCAAAGGGCAAAUUAAAAAUCAUGGAUACUCUCUGACUGUCAAACUGUGCAGGUACUCACCCCAGGUACUCCUUUCUAUACCCACAUCCUUUUUUUGUGAAUGCUGUUGCCUGUCAGAACAACAUGAACUUGAGAGCUUGACUGUGAAAUGUUUGUAUGUCGUUAGCUUUCAUCAUUCAAGUAUCGGAGCGAAAGCUCCCUGCUUGAUUUUUAACAUCUUAUGUCGUAGUUUUUUCUCUCUGAUCAUUUAUGUCAACAUCUGUUCACUUUGAUAACAACUAAGGGAAUAUCAAAACAGCCGUGACACCCGUAAACAUAUUUAAUUGCAAAGUGGUGUCAGGCUUGCUAGACAUUGUUCGGGAAUGUUGAGCCAAACGCUGACAAUGGCGUCAGACGUGUCGGAGGAUGUUUUUUGUAAUCUUGUUAGUGUGAUGCUCUCUUCAGAUUAUUGCUGCUCCUGUGGCAGACAAUGUGUCGCAAAAGCAGUUGCUGAGUUCCCUUGCUAACAUUAGCUUGUAUGAAAAUGUUUGCCCAGCAGGGGAAUCUGGGAUACCCGGCAGAGGAAGAACAGGAGAUCACCCGGACCUCACCUUCAACCCGACCCCUGGCCGCUUACAAACAAGGUGACCCACAAAUGCGUAGGGGCUUAUUUAAAGUCAAGAACAUACACGUGGAAAUGAGGCGCGA